UAUAUCUCGAUUUCAGGUGCUAUAAACAUGAAUUUUUGAAGGACUUCUUCUUAUCAACAGGGCAACUUCAAGAUGUGGCAUUUCUUCUGUGGAAAGAAUCAUGGGAACUUGGGAAAAAUCCCAUGGCAAGCAAGGGAUCUCCACUUCAUGGUCCCCGACUAAAACUUAUUGAGAAGGCCCAGAAUCUUUUUGCAGAAACCAAGGAACAUACCUUUGAAUCAAAGGCAGCUGAGGAGCAUGCAAAAUUGUUAAGAAUUCAGCAUGAACUUGAAGUGACUACGAAGCAGGCCAUUUUUGUGGAUUCAAGUAUAAGUGAUACAAUCCGUACUUGUAUUGUCUUGGGAAAUCACCGAGCUGCAAUGAAAGUGAAAACAGAAUUUAAGGUGUCUGAGAAGAGAUGGUAUUGGCUUAAAGUUUUCGCUUUGGCUACAAUCAAGGAUUGGGUUGCCCUAGAAAAAUUUUCAAAGGAGAAGAAACCUCCAAUUGGUUACAGGCCAUUUGUGGAGGCAUGCAUCGAAGCAGAUGAAAAGGGAGAAGCUAUUAAAUAUAUCCCAAAACUUGCUGAUCCUCGAGAAAAAGCUGAGUCAUAUGCUCGAAUUGGGAUGGCCAAGGAAGCUGCCGAUGCUGCUUCACAGGCAAAAGAUGGUGAAUUACUUGGUCGUUUGAAAUGGACUUUUGCUCAAAAUGCAUCAGCUUCAACAAUAUUUGAUACUCUUCGAGAUCGGUUGUCUUUCCAAGGUGCUUAGUGAUUUUCUUUCCUGGGUUUUCUGCCCCCUUAUACUAUUUCCCUACUUAUUAUUGACUUCUGCUUGAAUAUUUAUUGUGUAUAUUAUCUUAAAAAUGUAAUCUUAUCUGCUAAUGUCGAGGUAAAUGUGCUUGCUCAAAUGCUGUCUUUCCCCCCCCCCCCCCCCCCCCCCCCCCCCCCCCUUCUUUUAGAUGUUACAAGAGGCCGUUCACUUUUUUGUGUGUUUUAUAUUGCUUGAUUUAUCGUCACUGUCAGUGUACCUGUAUCAUACAAUGUGAAUGAAUAAUGACCACAGCUAAGCUUGUUUAUUGUAUUGACCAUUGCUUUGUUCUUAUUCCAUGGUCCUAAUA